AUGAAUUUUAUAUCAACGCCUUGUAACACUAGCGCCUCCACUGGGGGCGAAGGCGCGGCGCAGCCGGCCUCGGAACCCGACCCAGCGCUGGACUCAAUGCACAUGAUGUUGGACCCACAUUUGAGGCCUAUAUCCCCGGACCUCAACAACGAGGAGUCCAAACGGAUAUUUGAAGAACAUAAACAACUCGCACAAGAGUAUCUUAAGAUACAGACUGAGUUUGCAUACCUCAGUAAUCACAAAGCAGAGAUAGAAGAAGAAAUGGACGACGAAGAAUUGCGGCAGAAGAGAGAGAUUAUACAGUUAGAGAAAGAGAAGGAAUCACUGAUCAAAUUAUACUGUAGUCUAAACAAGCAGUUAGCUCGAGUAGAGAACGACAGCUGGAUUCACGCGGAGGAGAUGCCACACCAGUGA